AACGUCAGUCGUUGGUUACGACAGCAGUCAUUGUCAAAAUUCCUUGUCUAAUAAUGUCCCACACAAAUUUCGUAACCAAAGUACCCCGAAUAUCUAUCAAAACAAAACGGAAGAGACGCAAACACAAGAAGAUGCCAUCAUCUAACUCUGAGACCGAAGAUACCAACGAAAUGUCCGAAGACAACCGAAACAUUGAAACGAGAAGAUCGUCUUAUUACAGCCUGUCCAGCAGCGGUGAAGCCAGCCUAAAGGUUCUGGAAACCUACGACGAAUUCCUCAACUUAAAAGAUUUUGAUUUUACUUUGCGCCAGCAAAACUUGCAGGAAAAUAAGGAAGCGAUUGAUUCCGAAAUAAACCAGAGCUUAUUUCUACUGAAGCAAAUCUGUGCUGACUUGGAUAUGUGUCCUUUGAGUGUGGUCAGGCCAGAAAGAGAGUAUAAACUUAUGUCCCUUUUGCAAACGAAUCAAAUCAGUUUUGAAGCUUCCGACAAAGAACCUGAAGUAAGUGUUGAUAUAAUCAGAAAAGACAGGACGCAUUUUAAGUUGCAAGGAGACUGUAUCGAUGAAGAAUAUCCUUCAAUUAUUCCCCAGUUUUUAACACAGUCCAUUGCAUUUCGAAAUGCGGAAUACGAAAAACCGUCAAAGACUGAUAAUGAAGAGAGUAUCAAAGGAAUCAAAAGUUCACACAUUUCUCACAGCUGUAACACUCAAACGAACGACCAUCAUCACUAUCAGUAUUAUUACAAGAAUCCUUCAGUGAACAAAAUCGUUCAAACCAACAGGAAAACUAAAUGCCAGGAGUCUCAAUCGCCCCAUGCUUUCUAUGAAAACAAAUACACAAACACCACCAUCACAGCAUUGUAUCCUUCUAGGGAAAGGCACACUCAAAUGUACGAGCAUAUCACUCAAAAUGAUCUGGUUUGUUUGGAGUGGAUCGAUAAGAAUUUGUUUAGAAUUUCCAUGGAUCCCAAUACCAUGAUUGUGGAUGAAAGACUAAAAGAUAACAGCGAGGUGGCGUGUAAAGGAACAAGUUUGUUUGAAAGAGAGUUAUCAUGGGAACAACACGCGUUAUGUCAUCCAAGACAGUAAAAGAUGUAGUGGGUGUACUAAGAGUCAGUCUCCAAGUUCUUGAAAACCAACUCCAACUUUUAUAGUCUUAUAGAAAAGGAUAGAACUGGAGAAUGUAACUUAAUGAUCAGAAGAGGAUCCCAAAGUUCUAAUAAUCUAAUAUCUACCAAGAAAUAUACACUUGCGUGCAUAGAAAUCG